UGGCCGGGGCCGCGGCUUCCGCCGAGGGCCGGGAUUGGCGGCGGCGCGCGGGCGGCCAAAGGCGGCAGCAGCAAAACCCCGGCGCGCGCCGGUGUCCGCGUGUCCAGAAGUGGCCCUCAAAGUCUUGGAUUCUCUUUUACUUGAGACUUGUUUUGUGAUGGAGACGGUGUUGAAGUCUACCUGUGACAAACAGCACCCUCAGCAGGCUGAAGACUUGCACGGGAGCCUUGAGCAGAGCAGCAAGCUUUCAGCAGGAGUAAAAAAAGAUAUUGAAAAACUUUAUGAAGCAGUGCCACAGCUUGUAAAUGUUUUCAAAAUAAAGGAAAAAAUUGGAGAAGGUACUUUUAGUUCUGUUUACUUGGCCACAGCACAGCUACAAACAGGUUAUGAGGAAAAAAUGGCUCUGAAGCACUUGAUUCCAACUAGCCACCCUCUGCGAAUAGCUGCUGAACUUCAGUGCCUCACAGUGGCAGGGGGACAAGAUAAUGUUAUGGGAGUUAAAUACUGCUUCAGGAAAAAUGAUCAUGUUGUAAUUGUUAUGCCAUAUCUGGAGCAUGAAUCCUUCUUGGACAUUUUGAAUUCCCUUUCCUUUGAAGAAGUGAGGGAGUACAUGUUUAAUCUGUUUAAAGCACUGAGGCGCAUUCAUCACUUCGGUAUUGUUCACCGUGACGUCAAGCCCAGCAACUUCCUCUACAACAGGCAGCUAAAAAAGUAUGCCUUGGUAGAUUUUGGCUUGGCACAAGGAACCCCUGAUACACAAAUUGAGCUGCUUAAAACUGCCCACUCUGAAGACCAGCAGGGAAGUUGCUUGCAAACUAAUCCCAUUACAGCCUUAGGAAAUGGGGUUUCUGUCAGUGUCACAGCACCUAAAGAGAUAGCUCAACAGUCAGCCUCAAAAGCAGCUGACAGAAGGUCCAGCUCACUUUCAAAAGUCCAGAUGAAACAAGGAAGAGGAGGAAAGGAGGACUCUGUGCACCAUUCUGUCCAGCGCUCUGUCUUUGGAGAGAGAAAUUUCAAUGUCUACAGCUCCACGUACCAGGAGACCUCAAGCACAAAACUCAUAAAACAAUCAAAGAUGAUAGAUGUUUCAUCUAGGAAGUUAGUAACAAAGAAGAAGAUUAUUUCUACCAAAACUGUGAGCAAUGGGGCAGCCAGGAAAGCUGCCAGUGGUUGCCCUUUAAACCUGCUCUGUGACUGUUAUGCAACGGAUAGAGUUUGCAGUGUUUGCCUUUCAAGGCGUCAGCAAGUGGCUCCCAGGGCAGGAACACCUGGAUUCAGAGCACCAGAAGUAUUAACAAAGUGCCCUACUCAGACCACAGCAAUAGACAUGUGGUCUGCAGGAAUCAUAUUCCUUUCUCUACUCAGUGGACGGUAUCCAUUUUUCAAAGCAAGUGAUGAUUUAACUGCUUUGGCACAAAUCAUGACAGUUCGUGGAUCCAGAGAAACCAUUCAGGCUGCUAGAACUUUUGGAAAAUCAGUUGUGUGCACUCAAGUUGUCCCAGCUCAAAAUCUACGAACCCUCUGUGAAAAACUGAGAGGAACAAAUAGCAGCUGUAAGAGAUCUCAUGGAGAAGAGACCAGCAGGUCUGAAAACAACACAGCUUUGGCAGUUGCAGCAGACAAACACUUGCAGAAUUUUCAGGAAGGUGAUAGUGCUUUGGAAAUUAAGGCAACUGACAUGAAAGGAUGGGAUCAGGUUCCUGAUGAAGCAUAUGACCUACUUGAUAAGCUACUAGACUUAAACCCUGCAACGAGAAUAACUGCAAAAGAGGCUUUGCUGCAUCCUUUUUUUAAAGACAUAAGGCUCUGAGAAAAUAACUUACUCUGUUAUUUCUUUCAUAUGUUUUGUGUGGAAAUGAAAUACUGAGGCAGUUUUACCUUGUUGCCCUCAACACUUACACUCAUUGAAAUAAUAUCACACUGUUCUCUUAACUACUGAAAUUUUGUCUUGUACAGUUAGACUGCAAAUGUCAGUUUAAGAAAUACUUGCAGAUGCAAAAGUUACAUAGACAUCACUAACAUGGUCUUAUCUGAGAGGUUAUUGCUGUGCAUACCUGUUCUCUAAGAAAGUUAACUUGGAUCAAAAACAACAAAGAAAAAAGAGUUUCAUAAGCUUUAUGCUUAAUUCUCGAGAUAUUCCCUUAAAAUUUAAAGGUUUGCCUUAAGGUAAGACUGAAAUAAGAAAGAGUUUGAGAGACUUUUUUCUGUACUUGCAUAUCUCUGCUUUGUUCCUGUUUAGUACAUGGGGGACUGAAAAUGGAACAAAGUGUAUUCAUUUUGUUCAGACUAUUUUCAGAGAACAAUAUUACUUUGGGAGUGUUGCUAGAGGAAAGGCCAGGUGCUGGAGAUUAUCUCAUCAAAAGAAAAGCAUAACUUUUAAAAGUACAUUCUUGUUCCUGUCUGGCCUUUUCUACUUAGGCAAUAGUAAUAAAUGCAGUUACUCAUUUUGCAUAGCCCAUGUUUCCUCAGAGUCAUGUGUAACUGUCAGUGUUCCACAGCUGCUGCCUUCAGGAUGUCUCAGGUGCCAGGCAUAGGUUUGAUUUCUGUUAUGGAAACUGAUUUAUUAAAAAAUACCUGUUCAAUAAAUGAUUUGGUUUUUUAACUUCAGAAGCUUGACUAGAGAUACUUUGAUAAAAGUAAGGUAAGUUUUCCCAUGGGAUGUUUCUGUUCAGGGAACCUUGCACAUAGGUUUCCUGCAUAAAUUCCUUCUAAAGAUAGAAGAUAGUUCCACUAUAACAGCCAUACACACUAGAGCUAUCCAAAAACUAUCUUAAUUAUCAAGGAACUCUUACUACAGAGUUAGCUGGCUAUUGUGUGGUCCUAAGGAGGAAAAUCCCAUACCUUCAAUGUGCAAAGUGAGCUACAUCAUGUUCAACAGAAGUUUCUCUAAACCCCUUGAUAAUUCUGGAGACUGAAACAUAAUACCAUGUUUUUCCAUGUACAUUUCUUGAGGUGCUGAUGGAGUUGCUGUAAGAGAUUCUGGCCAUUCUGAGAAGAGGUUGCUGCUUUGAUAACUCUUGUAAAAGCCUCAGAUGAGCUGAUGGUUAUGAAAGUGCAAAGAUUCUGACCCAGGACUGGGGCUGAAGAGACAAGAUUUCAGUAUUUUCAAAACCUUGAAUACAUAGAAAAUAAUGGUAAUGUUACUCUGUUUCUGGCAUCAGCUGUUAGGGAAAAAUAUUUGCAGAUGUCAGAAUAUUGAUUGCAAAAAAUCUUGAAACCCUCAAGACCCUGGGGCCCAGGUCUUGUAAUUUUUGCUGUUUAUAUAAUUUCAACACAGCACAUCACUGAGAAAUUAUUUAUCUAAAGGAACUGUGGCCAAAUUUGGCAAACAAUGGUGUCUGCCAGUGUCUCCAGAUGUAUCGUUUCCUCCUACAUUCACUCAUGCUGUCUAUGGUCUUAUGAGAGAGGUCUCUGACAAAAAGAGAAAAUAUCUCAGCUAUCUAUUGUGAGCUUUCUAAGCAACUUGAGCUCUUGAGCUUCCCUGCUAACAGCCUUCAGCAGCUCCUUCCAUCAGCCCUACAACAAUUAACCUCUGCAUUCAUUUAAUAGCCAAAAAGGAAAAAUCAUUGCUAAUGGUAUUUUUACAAAUCGUUAGGGAUAAAUAAAAUUUGUAAGGAACAGUUCUAAACUCCAUGUAUUCCAUAAUGAUCUGGAAGAACACACUGCUAUUCCUUCUUCCAGACAGCUAUUUAAAAUAUGGAGAAUUCUUUUUCAAGAGGAAGGGCAAAGUAAAAAGAAAAUUGUGUUUUAACUAAGAAAUGCUUAGGAAGUACUUUUUGUAGCACUCUAUAAUAAAGAGGGAAGCUAGAAGUAAAAUGUUAAAUGCAAUGGCCUCUCACUGGGACCAAAAAAAGAAAAAGAAGGAAAAGAGCAAAAAAUUACUAGGACUGAGCAGUGGUUGCCACUGGAUUUUCUGCUUCUCUCUGCUGUGAUUCUAAGAAUCUCUAAAAACUAUUAAGGUAAGAGCCAAGUACCAAGAUUCCUUUAAAGUUUAAAUACAUGAUUUGAGAUAUUAAUAAACUGAACAUGAAUCUUACAGUAUGAAAGCUGCAAUUAGAAAAAAAUCUGCACAGAAAUUACAUUGCUUCAACAAAUGUUCAGUGGUUGUGAAGCUGCAGCUGGAUUAGUGUUAAGUUCUGGACACCAACUAUGACAGGGUUAGUAACAAAUUGGGUAGAAACCAAAAAACAGCAACAAAAAGCUGCAUGUGCUUGGAAAGAUGAAUAGAAACUGAUACCUAGAAUUCUGAGAACAGAAUCCUGCGAGCAAAUCUAAAUACAUCUGUCUAUUUAGCAUAGGGAAGAAUAGCUUAUUCUCAGUACUAAGCCAGACUAGGUGAGGAAACUGACAUGUUUAUCAUGUUCACCCUAGUUGAAAAGGGCAACAAAUACAUUUUUAUAUUUAUUUUCCUAGCACCUUUCUGGCCAUUACAUUCUACUAGUGAAUAAAAUACAAAGAAAGAAAAGAUCUUUAGAGCUUGCCUCAUAUAUUUGUUGGUGAUGAAGAGGUAUUUUCUGAAUGAGGUGAUAUAAAUAAAGUCUUUGCAUUUAGCAGGGGACACCUAAAUUAUUUCUGCCUCAAGAAAGCAGACCACACAAGGUAACAGAAGUAAAAGGAAAAACAAUAACCCAGUUUUCUCCUGUUUGGUCAAUUUUACUCCACAUUUAAAAGACACCUUGGCUGUGUAGAGAAAAUGACUAGCCAUUCAAAUCACUUAGUAGGACAACAGCAUUUUAAAGGAAAUUAGUACUUUAUGGCUUUAUGAAUUCCUAAUCUAUAAUGAAACUAUGCAGCUCAAGUGGUAGGCUUAUAGCAAGGACAGUUCUCUUGAGACAUUACUGAAGCAAUGUUCUUACUGCAGCACUACUUAAAUGGUUUUUUGCUUGGGUUGGGUGUUUCUAAUGUUUGUUUUUUUAGAGCACAUAGUAAAUUAUUCUACUAAUGUGGCCACAGCAUGUUCACUUCAGAAUUCUCUUGUAGCUUAUCCAGAAAACAGAGCAUGUCCCAGGUCAGUGGCAGUACAUAUGUGGUUCAUACCCCUCUCUGCUGCUGUGUUCCUGGCUGGCCAGUUCAAGGGGUAGUAAAUAUUUAAAUUGGCAGCCUGCACACAGUGGGUGGAAAUUGAAUAGUCUCUUUGAUCAUACUCUUAAAAAGCCAGCAUAUAGAGUUUUGUUACCCUGGUAACAAAAAAAUUCUGGUACUGCUGAGCUGAGGGUCCAGUAAAUUGGUUAUUUUGCAUCAGCAUAACCUAGAUAAUCAAGCAUUUUUAAAUAUGCUUAAUUCUGCCUCUCCAUGACUCAAUCCCUUCUACUUUCAUCUCCACUGACUGCUAGAAUGUUAUCCCUAUACAAUGGUUUAUUGUAUCAUGUUAAAAACUAACCACUACAUGCAUUCCUGAGUAUCCCCAGAGUAUUGU